CCCUUCCUCCCAUUGCUUCAGACAAUAUGUCCCUCGACACGUCCAUUCAACUAGACUUGCCUUCCAUUGGCGCCCUAGAAGCAGACGCGAUCGCAGUUCAGAGUACAAGGGACGCUGCUGGAGAAGUAAACAAACUCAACGUAGAAUGCACCCCACAGGACGGCAUUUCUGAGCGGUAUCUUUCCGGGAAGGAGCUUCUCGUUGCUACUUUCGGUCUUAUGCUUUCGCUUCUUCUUUCGUCCUUAGAUAUGACAAUUGUCAGUACUGCUCUACCCACAAUAGUAUCUGAAUUCGAUGCCUUGAGGCAGGUUACAUGGGUCCCUACAGCGUACUUACUCACGAUGACGGCAUUUACGCUUCCUGUGGGCCAGCUACUCACCAUCUUUCCGACCAAGUUUGUAUACAUCGCUUCCAUUGUGAUCUUCGAACUAGGAAGUCUUCUUUGCGCGGUCGCUAACUCAAUGAAUUUCUUGAUUAUUGGUCGGGCUGUUGCAGGGAUUGGUGCAACUGCGAUUCUGAUAUGCGUGAUUUCUACCAUUGCACAGAUUGCUCGUCUUGAAAUUCGGCCAGCCCUGUUCGGAGCCAUCAGUGUGGUAUUCGCAAUCGCGUCAGUGAUGGGACCGUUAGUUGGUGGUGCAUUUGCAGAGAGAGUAACCUGGAGGUGGUGCUUUUACAUGAACCUCCCCAUUGGGGCACUGUCACUUCUGAUAUCGUACUUCAUGCCAUACAUCAAGGCACCUAGCAACAACUCCGCUGUGGCUAAGUCAACAUUUCAAAAAUUCAAGGAGAUUGACUGGCUGGGGUUCCUCAUAUCUUCCGGCAGUUUUGUUGCAUUUCUAUUCCCUUUGCAAUUUGGGGGAAACACGUAUUCAUGGGGCUCUUCCCAUGUCAUUAUCCCCCUUGUUCUAUCUGGGGUCGGGUUUAUCCUUUUUCUUGGGUGGCAGCACUAUGUGGGGGAUCGUGCGCUGCUUCCAAAGUCUGUCAUUCGACGACCCCUCAUUGGAGCGUGCUUCAUCGCCUUCUGUGACUUUUAUGCUGUGAACGUUGGUAUUUACUAUAUUCCACUUUGGUACCAGUCACAGGGGCGCAGUCCGAUUCAGUCUGGCAUUAGUAUCCUUCCGUUUCUCCUGUCGCUCGUUAUCGCGUCCAUUGUGACAGGAGCCUACGCAAACGCCACAGGAAGAUACUGGCCUAUCAUGGUCGUUUCCCCUCUCCUAUACUCUAUCGGAUCUGGACUAAUGUACACGGUGGGAGUCGGUUCCUCCGAAGGGAAGCUAAUCGGCUAUCAGAUCAUUAGUGGCAUUGGAAUUGGAUGUGCACUCCAAAUGCCUGAUAUAUCCAUACAGUCUGAACUAGCCUACGAAGAAGAGCUUAUUCCACGGGCGGCAGGUAUGAGUAGCCUCGUAGAGAAUCUCGGCGCCAUCGUUGGUCUCGCGAUUGCUGGUUCCGUGUUUCUCAAUCAGCUCAAAGUGAAUCUGCACCAAUACGCCCCUUCUCUGCCACCUUCAGUGGCAGUGAGCGUGCAGCAAAGCAUAUCAAACAUUUUUACUCUUCCUGCCAAUGAGCAAGCUGCUGUGGUACAGGCAUAUGUAAAGACUCUCGACCAAGUGUUUCUCAUUGGCGUACCUAUCGGCGCCAUUUCGAGUGUAAUAUCUCUGACAUGCAUACACAACUACAAUCUCAAGACGAGGGGCUCUUCUUCUACUUUGGAUGCUGAUGAAGUGAAAGACAUUAAGCCUUGAAUCUUACUCGCUCAAUGUACUUACACAUCACAAAAAUGUUAACACG